CUCAGACUAAUCUUGGAACUCAUUUGGCAUAGGAUGUUUGCUAUAUAGAAUUUUUUAUAUUAAUUUUUGAGAAGUUUUUAGCUUUUGGAAUACAUUUUUUCAUUUACCUUACGUUUUCAUUGAAAUCAAAAAUAUGGCGGAGGACCGGUUUCGUCAAUCGAGUCAUUUCCGUGAUUGGAUUUUUACGGAAGAGGGAUUACAGAAAAGAAGAUCAGAUGUAAAUGAAGGAUUUACAAAGGUUGUUCGUCAGCGACUUCUGGAAGACUUAACUCUUCAAAAUAAAGAUGCUUCAGACAACCAUUUGCCUCCUACUUUAGAUCAAGGCGAAGAAUUGGAGUUGGUUAACUAUUAUGCAUGUCAGCUAAAUGCUCUUUCAUCGACAAUGUCUUUGCCGACUCACAUCCGUGCUACAGCAACGCUUUUCUUCAAGAGGUUUUAUUUAACCAGUUCCGUUAUGGAAUAUAACCCCAAAAUUAUCUCAUUUACAACAUUAUACCUGGCAACAAAAACGAACGACCAUUAUCUUCCGAUCGAGCAUUUUUGUAAAAAUCUCCCAAAAACUACACCGGACCAAGUCCUGGAAUACGAAUUCGAUGUUUGCCAAGCCUUGAAUUGGGACUUGUUUAUAUGGCUUCCAUUCCGACCACUUCAAGGUUUCCUCUUGGACUUUCAGGUUGUAAUUCCGGAAACUCCGGUUGAGAUUUUGUUUGAAUGCCAUGACCAAGCUAAAAGGUUCCUGGUCGAAACAUUACAUUCAGACGUGUAUUUUUAUCAUUCUCCAAGCAUCAUUGCACUAUCUGGAAUUUAUCACACAAAUCCUUCUCUUUGUCUCAGUUAUUUACAAGCGAAGUCCAUCAACUCUACAUAUGAUUUAGUUGUUUCGAUAUCUAACGCUCUUGAUUCCACCAAAAAUGCAAGGUUGGAUAGAGAAAAAGCUAAAGACUGUGGAAAAAAGCUUUACUUCUGUAUGGAUCCUUUAAAAAAGAAGAACAGUGCUUUAUACCAAAAACGAAAGGCCACGGAGGAAGAAGCUUCAUUAAGUAAUAAGAAGCAGAAAUUGAGUAAUUCAACAGAUCAGUUAGAUGUGAAUCCUUUUGCAUAAAAUAAUUUCAUGUUAUUUAUAUUAUGAUUGUGAAUCUGUUCACGUUAUUCAUCAACUAGUCUAAGUAACUGUUUCUAUAAUUGUUUCUUAAUGAAUUCAGCACCUUUUUUUUCAUUUGCUUCAAUAUAUAAUAAUUAUUGCUUGUUAUUAAUAAACCCGU